UUCUCUCAUACCUCAAUAUAUAAAUAAGAAACCAAUCUUGAAGUCUUCAUAUCGUUUUUUAUUAGCUUCUUUUUCAAUCAAAAACCCAAUUCUCAUUUCUGCUCUCAAAAUCUUCGAAACAGGAAAGUUUUAUCGGUUUCUGACCUCUUCUUCAGAGAAGACAAAAAAAAAAAAAAAAAAAAAAAGAGAGAUGAGUUACAAUCAACAGCAACAUCCUGUCGGUGUUCCUCCUCCUCAAGGUUACCCUACAAAGGACGCCUACCCUCAAACGGGUUACCCGGCUCAAGGAUAUCCCUAUCCUCCUCAGGGUUAUCCUCAAGAUGGAUAUUAUGCCCAACCUCCUAGGAGAGAGAGAUCAGACACUGGUUGCAUUGAAGGAUGCUUGGCGGCACUUUGCUGCUGUUGCCUUUUGGAUGCUUGCUUCUGAGGAGAAACCUUCUGGCUGAAUAGUAGUGCUGAUUGAUUCAAAUUUGUAGUUGUAAUACCUUUAUCUUUGGGGAAAUUAUUUAUGUCUUAAAAGUUAGAUUGUGUCUAAAAUAGCAUUCUAGAGAUGAAAUAUAUACUUAUGUAAUAAUGUCUUUGGCCUUGUAAUAAAUAUAACUUUGAAGAUUUUUCAUGCAUUUUAUUUUAUAUAUGAUGUAUGAAGAUGAUUACAUAUCUUCUUCUUUCCC